UUUAUUACGCACCGCCUGCGCGGAUGCUGCGCUCAAUCGCCGAGUGAAUCGUCAUUGUAAAGUGAGACAGAGACGGCCGAAGGGAGUUGGAGUUUGAUUCUUCUCAGAGAUUUCAGGAUCGCAUGUCACAACUGACGUAUUCGUCUGGAAGCUAAAAUAACUUUCCUACAGAUUAAAAUCGCCAUACAAAAAAAACAAAAAAAAAACGGAUUUGUCAAAGAUGCUUGCCUCUGCUGCCCUGACGUUACUUUUGCUAUGCGUCUCCCUCUCCGAAAGCAAAGAUAAAGACUUCUACACGUUUAAGGUUGUGAAUAUCCGAGGAAAGCUGGUGUCUCUGGAGAAAUACAGAGGUUCGGUGUCACUCGUGGUGAACGUAGCCAGUGAGUGCGGCUUCACUGAAGAGCAUUACAAAGAUCUGCAGCAGCUCCAGCGGGAUUUUGGACCUUACCACUUCAACGUCCUGGCUUUCCCAUGUAACCAGUUUGGUCAGCAGGAGCCUGGAAGUGACAGGGAGAUUGAGAUGUUUGCUCGGCGUACCUAUGCCGUCUCCUUUCCCAUGUUCAGUAAAAUCGCCGUGGUGAGCAGCGGAGCGAACAAUGCCUUCAAAUACCUUGUAGAUGCCUCUGGCAAGGAGCCGGACUGGAAUUUCUGGAAGUUCCUGGUGGAUCCCAAUGGAAAGGUGGUGAACGCCUGGGGCCCAAAGGUCUCCGUGAAGCAGAUCCGGCCACAUGUCACAGAUCUCGUACGGCAGGUGAUCCUGAAGAAGAAGGAUGAACUUUAAUGAAGGGCUGUGGCGCGGCCACACGCCUGCGUCUUCAUUCCUGCUCCUCUUGUUUUAUAAAGUUUGAAACGUUUGCUGCUCGGUUGGUGGCUUUAUUUGGAGUGAAGUGGUGGGGAGGGGGUUCCAUUUUACUUCAUUUGACCUGAUUGUAGUGUCUUUUAUUUUUAUUUGAAUCCUACCAAAUUCUUGAAGAUGACAAUGUUUUUAGCAGAUUUUACCGUUGGGCUGAGCUAAACCCAGAUGGAUGGAUCCAGCUGGUGGGAUGUUUCCCAGUAAUGUUCAUUUCUGUUUGACCCUUUUCUUUUCGUUCUAAGGCUGGGUUAGCCCGGUGGUCAGCAUCAUCUCACUUACAGUGAAUUCAUAAAAUAUUCAGACUUUUUACAAAUUUUAUUAUACUGCAGCCUUGUGAUAAAAUUUCAGUUCAUUUUCUUUUCCCUUCAUCAAGCAACACUCAAUACCCCAGAACGACAAAGCGAAAAUGGGAUUUUUGAAAUUUUGGCAAAUUUAUUACACAUAAAAAAACUGAUAAUGUGCCGUUGUCUCAGC